GAUUGGGUCGACGAGACCAAGGUCACAGCAGCCGAGCGUGCCUGGAAUAGCACUUGCGGUGCUUUGCGCACAGCGGCUCAGGAGGUCCUGCAAAGUUGCACGGCCAGCCUGAACGAGUUCAGGGCGCUGCCAGAGAGGCAAAGCUAUGCGGCCGAGAUGGGGUUGGUUCUUCGGCGCAGUCAAUGGGUGGAAGGCUUCCUUGGCCAGGGCAAGACGUCGUUAGCGACACUGAUUGAGGAGCAGAAAUCCGGUGCCCACAUUGCACCCGAGUCGGAAGCUACUGCUGCAGCGGCUGCAGCCACGAUGAGUGGCGACAUCGGGGCAGUGUCGCGUGCCGCUCCCUGUGCGUGUUGGCAGAAGCUGGAGUCACUGUCGUCUUUGAUGGCAGAGGACUUCAAAAAGUGCACAUCCGCAAAAAGUAUCAAGACGAGGAGGGAUGAACUCCAGCAGAAGAAGAGCUAUGCAGCCGAUCUUUUGUCCGCGGCCAAAGGAGCUGUCAACGAUAUGGUGACAGCAAAGAAAAGAGCUGACCAAGCUCAGAAGCGGCAGGAGGAAAAGGCCAGAAAGGAAGCCGAGAAGCGCGGCAAGGCGGAUGAGCCGACGAAGAGACGUAAGAAGAAGACGGGAAAGCAUGCAUUGAUCAAUGCAGACGAUGAAAGCUCCUUUCAGAGUUUUCCCAGGUUCAGUCCGCUUCGCUUGGAUGUGAGACAGCCCUUCAUCUACAGGCCAGAUCCUAGCAGAAUGGAGGGGCUCCAGAAGUCUGCAGCGAAGGAGCUUGCAGAUUUCCGCGAGGUCUUCAAGUCAAGCAACCUCCGUGUGACGGAGGGGAAAGCCACCCGCAUCGCUUGCAGCGAAGUGGCUGAUGCUUUUGUGAAAGAGGUGCAAAGCGCAUUGAGUGGGGCCUUUGCUGUUGGGUACUUCGCCGAGAAAGACCAAGCAGAGCCUGGGCCCGGGUCGCCCGGGUCCGGGUCGCAGGAUGCCGGUGGCCGUGUGAACGCGGGCAUGAUUGAGAAAGUCAUGAGACCGCAAUGGUUUGGAAUGGUGCCUGACCAUAUGAGCUUGGCCAGGUAUGAGGCAGGCUUGCUGCCCAUGAUCAAGUGGGUCGUCCAGGGAACUUUCGUUUGCAGCGUGGUGACGUGUGAGGAGCUGCUUGCUACUGCGGAUAUGCGAACUGGAGACCUGCAGGCCAAGGUGACUUCGAAGGCAGAUGGCUUGGCCAAGGAGAAUUUCUUCAUGGGCACCCUCGGUCCAGGUGAUUUCUUGUACGUCCCCGCUGGAGCUUUGACGAGUGUGCAGGCGAACCGGGGGGUCCCGGGUUUGAGUUUGAAGUUUGAAGGGUCUGGCAAGUUGAAGUGGAAGCCUUGCAGCCUUGCAGCUGCGAUCGGGCAUCAGUAG